GGCACAGCAUUCAGACUUUAUUAUCACGAACGAAGCGAGUCAUCAACUCAUUCACACAACGAAUUGUUGAGAGAGAGAGAGAGAGGGGCAUGCAACACCACACCAGCCACUCACACCCCUCUCUCUCCCUCUUCGGCCCUCACGCGCACACCCAGCAGACCGAAACGCAAUGACACGCAGGCAAUAGACAGGGCUGCCGAAUGAAUGAGUGAGAGACCCCAAAGCGAUCGAUUAGAGAAGGAAACACAGACAGAUGCAGCCCAAACAGGAGAGAGGCGUACGUGUGGACGAGGUUCAUCUCAUCUGCAGCACCCGCCAGACGAGCGGGCCGGGGGCGGCCGUGUGUUCUCCUCAUCCACCUGAUACAUUCACACACACACACACACACACACACAAAUGGCCAUCCAUCCCCCCCCCUUCUCGCCGUUCCCACCCCAUCUCUCUCUGACCCUUAUUGGCGCGCCGCGCAUCCCCCCUGGCCUGGACGGCUCUGGCCGGUCGCUCAGAGUCUUCUUACUCAUCAAAUUGUAUAUCUCUGCAGGCAGCCAUUCGUAUGGGUGCAGAGGUGCACAUAUGGAGCGGUGCAUUGGGCGGGCGACCGGGCCGCCUUUUUUUUUCAGGUAAGCUAGGUACCUGAGAGGAUGCGAUGGAAUGCCGUCUCGACAUUCAUCGAGUCCAGUGCGGAGGUCUCGAUGCACGCCAGGCCCUGCUGCUCUGAGAGAGAGAGGGAGAGAGAGAGAGAGAGAGAUGAUGCAGAAGGAUGCGUCAUUGGUCCGUCGGUCGGCUACCGGCGAAUGACGCUGCUUCGUCUUGUGUGACGGCCCUUAGGUGUUUGAGGUCGGCCUUGUUGCCGACCAGCAAAAUGACUAUGUUGGGGUCGGCGUGAUCGCGCAGCUCUUUCAGCCACCGAUCAAUCUGACAGACAGACAGACAGACAGAGAACUACCAUCCGUCCAUCUGGAUGCGCUUGGGUGUGUAUCUGUUCGUACGUUUUCAAAUGACUGUCUCUUGGAGAUGUCGUAGACGAGCAGUGCCCCCACAGCGCCCCGGUAGUACGCAGACGUGAUGGCCCUAUACCUCUCCUGACCAGCUGACGUGAUGUGACACACACAACAGACACACACACAUCAGACAGACAGAUGCAGAUAGAUGAGCACUCGUCAUACGCGCGUGUUGUCAUGACGACUGACUGACUGACUGGCUGAGUGACUGACCGGUGUCCCAUAUUUGCGCCUUGAUGGUCUUGCCGUUGACUGGCACGCUCUUGGUGGCGAACUCCACACCGAUGGUCGACUUGGACUCCAAGUUGAACUCGUCACGAGUGAACCUACACACACACACACGCACAUGCAUAGACGCAUCGCAUACCACACGACUGUGCUAUCUCCAGCCUGGUCGUGGAUUGCCUCUCUCUCUCUCUCUCUCUGCCUGUGCCUGUGUCUGUCAGUAUCAGUACCGUGAGAGCAGGUUCGAUUUGCCCACGCCCGAGUCACCGAUCAGCACAACUGCAGAACGCACACACACACACGUACACACACACACAGACACCAGAGUUUUUCAAUGGCAGCGGCAGUGAUUGGCGGCGUGAGGGCUCUUCUGAGGCGCUGCCCAGCCCCCCCUGGUGCGCCGUGACGCUCACUCUUGAACAGAUAGUCGUAGUCGUCAUCUUUCGCCAUGUUUGGACACAGGAAGGAUCGACAGUGGACCGAAUGAUGCUCUACACCCUCAGCUGUCUGGGAUGAGCUACACAGUUCCUUCACAAGGGCUUCCACC